AUGGGAGGUGCUCUGAUGACUUUGGCGACUUUUCUCAAGGUUCAUCCUCCGAGUUUUUUAGGUUCAACUAAUCCCACAGAAGCGGAUAAUUGGUUCCAAGCUCUGGAGCGUGCACUGCAGGCACAGCAUGUCCCAAACAACCAAUACAUGGAGUUUGCUACUUAUCAACUUCGGGAAGAGGCCCAGCAUUGGUGGCAGGCAGAAUGCCGCUUGCUACAGCUUCAGAACGCCGAUGUUCCUUGGGACGUAUUUCAGACGGCCUUCUACAAGAAGUAUUUUCCUGAGUCUGCAAGGAAAGCGAAGGAGAUGGAACUAAUGCAGCUGAAGCAAGGUUCCUUGUCUAUGGCAGAUUAUACGAGCAAGUUUGAGAAGCUCUGUAGGUUUUCUAGGGUAUGUGAGGGUGCCCCGGAGACCUACGAAAGCUGGAAGUGUUUUAAGUACCAGAGGGGCUUGAAGGGUGACAUUAUGACUGCGGUAGCUCCUAUGGAGAUCCGUACUUUUUCUGAUCUGGUGAACAAAGCAAGGGUGGUUGAGGAGUAUGCCAAGAUAGUAGCUGCAUCCAAGGAUACCCAUGGAGGGAAUACUAGUAGGGGACAUGGCGAUCACCUUGGACCAAGGGGACAGAGCUUUAAGAAAGAUGAAUACGCUCCUCAGCAUUUGCUAAGUCAUGGGAAUUUUAGGAGGGACAACAAUACCCAGUUUCACUAUAUGAAAGGGAGACGCAUGUGUUAUGCUUGUGGACUACCUGGACUCCUAGCCAAGAACUGCCGUCGUAAGAAAAACCAGAACAUAGGUCAGAAUCAACAGUCCGGCCGUGUGCUUACCUUGGAUGCAUGUGAUGCGAAGGGGUCGGACCCUCCGACGAGAGAUAAGCAUAUGCUUUGA